CAAUUAACUAUUGAAAUAUUAUGUUAAUGUGAUAUUUGUAGAAUCUGGUUACGCCUAUUUUAAGGGGCCACAGUACUGGCAGUAGACGGAACCCUGUCAAAUUUGUAUUUGUGUAGCAACGGUUCUAUGAAUUGUUUGUUUACUUUAAAAGUAUUAAUAGACGUUCGAAUAUGGUGCGUCGAACCGACGGACCGGUGCGGUGCGCUCUACACGCCACACCACCGCACCCGUACAAACACCGUCCAGUGCUUUUCGUGCUACGGAACGGUGAGGUCGACAUGCCUCCGACUUUAUCCAAACAAACUAAAAUCGCGUUAGUUGUGGCAUCCGUCGUAGCUAUUACACCUAUCAAAAAGCAGAGGAAAAAAAGAAAACAAUGGGCAAAAUUCUAUUUAAAAAACCGAGAGUCAUACAGUCAUGUGCGACUUGUGAGAGACCUUGAUGAUGACGAUUUUCGUAUAUAUCUCCGAAUGAGUUCCGAUUCAUUUAGUGAAUUGCUUGAACUUGUGAAACCAUAUAUAACUAAAACCGAUACAGUCAUGAGAAAAGCUGUGACAGCUGAAGAGAGAUUGCUAGCAACCUUAAAAUAUCUCGCGUCAGGGAGAGAAUUCAGCGAACUCAAAUUUGGUACAAGUAUAUCAUCGCAACUGUUGUCUGAGAUAAUACCAGAGACCUGUCACGCAAUAUGUAAAGUGCUUAAAAACUAUAUGAAGGUUCCUGAAACAGAAAGUGAAUGGCUACAAAUAGCAAAAGACUUUGAACAAAAAUGGCAGUUCAAUCAUUGUUUAGGUGCAAUGGACGGGAAACAUAUUCUUAUCGAAAAGCCACCAAACUCCGGUUCAACGUAUUACAAUUACAAGGGAACUUUUAGCAUAGUUUUGCUUGGCAUUGUUAAUGCCAAUUACGAAUUUAUUUACGUAAAUGCAGGUACCAAUGGAAGUAUUUCUGAUGGUGGAGUAUUUAAUCACACAUCAUUUCAUGAUAAAAUGUUGUCUGAUCAACUGAAUUUACCACGACCAUCUGUGUUGCCGUCAUCUGAUAUAGUUGCUCCAUAUUGUUUAGUUGCAGACAGUGCAUUUGCCAUGAAUGAAAAUCUUCUAAAGCCCUACCCACAGAAAAACUUGACACAUGACAAAAGAAUAUACAACUAUAGACUUUCCAGAGCUAGGAGAAUUGUAGAAAACACAUUCGGUAUAUUAGCUGAACGCUUUAGGGUAUUCAAAAAACCCAUCACAAUGAAUGUUAAAAAAGUACCAAUAAUAGUAAUGGCUUCAUGUUUACUACACAACUUUCUAAGAAAAAAGUCUACAAACUACGUCACAGGGAAUUGUGUCGAUCGGGAAGAUACUACAAACAAUACUUUCCGUCCAGGAGAUUGGCGGAAUAAUAAUAUCUCAGUAAAUCUCAAUAGAACAGAUAGACAGCGUACUGCAGAAGGUAAUGCGGCGAGACAGAUAUUCACAGAAUAUUUUAACAAUCAAGGCCGUGUUGAUUUUCAAGAAAGAAUGAUUAAUGUGCUAAAUAUUUAACUACCCACCUCGCUAUCUGAAUCUGGAGUUCCUUGUAUAUUAUCGAUUCCCUGGGAUACCGGCAUAGUCUUCUCAUGAAGAAAUGUCAAAUAUGGAUAGUACCACAGGGACGGCGUGUACACGUCUCCCAACCCAGCUCCAGUUGAUUUGCUGGAUUCCACCUACAAAUAGUUAUACACUGUACUACCGUUCAUAAAAAUAAAGGAAUUACAAAUAUGUAAGAAAGUGGAUUAGUCCAUUAAAUUUAGAAAAACAAUGUUAAUUACAAAUAAAAUACUGAUUUUAAAGAGUGA